AAUACAAAAUAAUCUAUUUACUAUGAAAAAUGCAAUUGAAUCCACUUUCCUCAAAUCCUCAAAGUGGAACCUUUCAGUCCCAACUGUCAAAUUUGCUUAUACCUUUUUAAAAACCUUAUUCUGUUCAUUCUAAAAAUGAACAUCAGAUCCACACAUAAACAUACAUUAGCGUAACAAAAAAGGGUGAAUUAAAAGCAUUUAUCUCAACAAGCUUUUAACUAGAAUCAACUUUACCACAUUUCAAUCUUGCAUCAGCACAAAUAUGAAUACCAAAAUAAGCAGGUUCUUCUAAACACCUAGUAUUUACUAGUUUCCAAGGUACUUAUUGCAGGAAAUUUACGUAAGUUCCCCAAAAUUUGUGAAUACGCCUGCACUGUGUCUCUCAAUAAAUCCACAUACACAUGAAAUCUGUCUCUAGCUAGUUCAGAUGGGAGGAGUGCAGUAAGUAGGCAAAAAUACAGUAAUGUUUUAGCAAAAUAUUUUCUUCACCUCCAGAUGUUGAGAGAGCCAGAAACUCCAUGGCAAAGAAACUUAAAUUUUUGUGAGUUUUUUUUCAGUCUUUUUGGUAGCUCUGUGAUCUUCUCAUGUGUAACAAGAUCGCUCACCUCAAUCCCUUUUGUUUUGUACUUGCCACUCCCUUGUUUCACCUGGCGUGCUGCAAUAUUUGUUUUAGAAAUGAAUUAUCCAUGAAUUAUACUGAAGCGUUGAAUAAUCAUUCCAUAUCUACCUUAACUCCACUUGCAAUUUUAUGGUUUUUUAUCAUUCCUCCAAAAGCCUCUACAGUUCUGUAUCCAUUUUUACAACUGAGCCUGUCCUCCAUCUUCCGUUAUUCUUAUAAAGUUCUAGAGGUGUGCAACCCACUAUAGCUAAAUAAGUGUUGUUUUGUUCUUCUUCAACCACUGAACAUUAAACUUUUUAAGAAGUGUUUUGAUUUGUUGUUUUUUUUUUUUAAUCAUCCCAGAGUCUCACUCCUGCAUAUUCACUUCAAACCCUGCCACUGUGCACACACGUUGUAAGUUGUGAUUGUCUCUAUGCCAGGAUGCACUUCUUUUGACUCACCUACUAUUAGUGUUAUCAGCUAUUGCAUCAGCUUCUUAGUAGCUUGAGGACUUUAAAACUUCACUAAUGGCACUGGUCUUUACUGCUACAUAUUAGCAGAUUUCACAAGAAAAAUUAAUCACUUCAGAAUUCACUAUUUUUUUUUUUUACCAAGAGAUUACAUGCUGACCCAUAAAAAAAAUGGCCCUAGAAAAGAGACACAGAAACCAUCCCUUACUCCCCUCUGUGAGGGUUCAUCUUCAGUUUCCUAUCUUUUAAUUGAUUAUUCAAUCAAGAAAAAACUUUCUUGUUCUCUUGUGUCAGCUUACUUUCUUAAACAGCCUUCAAUGGCAAACCUUUCUGAAUAUCUUUGUAAAAACCCAAAUGUAGUCUAGAGCUCCCCACUCAACCAGCUGCUAGUUCUUGAGGUAUCUGACAAAACUCUUUUUAUAAAAUACCAUUACAUUAAGUAAUUUUAGUCCUUUUGCCUAUUUUUUUAUGCAAAAGGUUAUGCUCUGAGAAGCUGACUACGAAGCAGCAUGGAAAUGUUCCCUCUACUUGUUUUAUAACACUUCGUUAGCACUUCAUACAACGCAUAUCUACUUAAAAAUUCCUUCAAAAAUAAAAUCAUGCAGUUGGAGUUGGAAUAAUGUAUACGUAUAGGAGAUAAACUUUCUUUGCAACAUGUUUUUCUCCUCUGAAUGUAGCUCUAACACCUUGAUCUCACCUCCCAUGCUUCAAGACAUGACUGAUAAAGUUGAGCAUCCUUCUCAGCCUUCAUCUAUUUUACAGUAGGUGUGUCGUAGUUACCAUUUAACCACACAAAGAUUAUGACUCAUACUGUCCUCAUGCGAACACAUACUCUGAUCCUAACAGGUUUGCUCACCAUAAAAGCACACACACUUGUGAAGCAAUAACCACCUCACUACUGGCUUGAGCACCCAUCACCACUCCAGCGGAGCAGCAAACUUGCCUUCCUUUACCCUGACCAUAAGACAUCAAUGAUCAAGACAAAUGUUUUAGGAAGACUGGGAUGUUGACGAGCUAGUACUUCAAUGAGCACUGAAGAACUCCAAUGGCUCAACACAGUAAAGGGUCACAAAAUUUGACUUCACAAGUAACUAAAAAAAAAGGCAACAAUAAUGCACAGAUCUGAGCAGUAAAACAUUAACUAGAAUAUAACUACAAAACAGCACAGCUCAGCAAUCACUGAGCUCCAAUCCAUUCGCAUCCUAUAAAAGCAUAUUCAAGCUACAGCCUGGCAGAGGAGAGGGAGACGCUUUCACAGUCAGUACUCUGUCCAUGGGAAAAUGACUUUGCGGCUUUGCUAUGCACUUGCUGCCGGGAUUUUUAUCCUCCUUGUUCUUGGCCGCUCUGAAGGAGGGAAACUCCUGGUGGUGCCCAUGGUUGGAAGCCACUGGCUAAGCAUGAAGGAAGUAGCUCACAAGCUGGCCGAGAGGGGACAUGAAGUGGUGAUGCUCAAACCAGAAGUAAGCUGGCAGAUGGGAGAGACACAAAAACAUGCAUACACUGUGAAAACGUACCCAGUGUCUACGAAGUUAGAAGAACUGGAUAAUGCCUUUCAGCUGUAUCUUGCUACUCACCUGAAGGGACUACCAUUCCCACUGAAUGUUCUUGCACUCUACAAUGUCUACACAUAUCUUUUCGAAUCCUUCUAUCUUCAGUGCAGGGAAUUGUUCAGCAGCACGGAAACACUGCAGUAUUUGAAUCAAAGCAGCUUCGAUGCAAUCCUCACAGACCCUGUUUUUAUGUGUGGAGCAACGCUUGCUAAUUACCUUUCACUUCCAUUUGUGUUCUUCAUGAGAGGAUUACCUUGCAAUCUACACUUUGAAGCAGCACAGUGCCCAAGCCCUCUGUCAUAUGUCCCGAGAACAUUUUCAUUCAACUCAGACCAGAUGACAUUUUUCCAGAGAGUGGAAAAUGCACUGAUUUCACUCCUGGAGCGUUUUUACUGUAAUGGUUACUAUCGAGCUGCAAUACAGCUUUCCUCUGAAGUUCUUCAGAGGGAUGUAUCCCUUAUAGACCUCCUGAACUCUGCUUCUAUUUCACUAAUGAGGUUUGACUUUGUGUUUGAGUAUCCCAGACCGGUGAUGCCCAAUAUGGUCUUCAUUGGAGGUAUAAACUGUGCUCAGAAGGAACCACUGCCUACGGAAUUUGAGGCCAUUGUAAAUGCUUCUGGAGAACAUGGCAUUGUUGUCUUCUCACUGGGCUCCAUGGUCUCUGAGAUUCCCAUGAAGAAAGCCAUGGAAAUUGCAGAUGCCUUGGGAUCGGUCCCUCAAACGGUUUUGUGGCGAUACACAGGAGAGGCACCCCCCAACCUACCAAAGAAUGUGAAGCUUGUGAAGUGGUUGCCACAGAAUGACCUCCUAGCUCACCCUAAGACUCGUGCCUUUAUUACCCAUGGAGGCUCACAUGGUGUUUAUGAGGGCAUAUGCAAUGCAGUGCCAAUGGUGUUAAUGCCUUUAUUUGGAGACCAGAUGGACAAUGCAAAACGAGUAGAGUCACGGGGAGCAGGAUUGACACUGAAUAUACUAGAAAUGACUUCAAAAGACAUAUCUGAUGCCUUGAAAGCAGUUAUUAAUGAUAAAAAGUACAAAGAGAACAUCCAGCGUCUCUCAGAUCUUCACCUUGACAGGCCCAUCCACCCUCUGGACCUGGCUGUGCACUGGGUGGAGUUUGUCAUGAGACACAAAGGUGCCCCACACCUGCGCCCUGCUGCCCAUGACCUGAACUGGAUCCAGUAUCACUCCCUGGAUGUCAUCGCCUUCCUCCUGGCUGUGGUGCUCCUCUCCCUCUUCAUUUCUCUGAAGUGCUGCAUGUUCUGCUGCCGCAGGUGCUGCUUUAAGAAGGGAAGAAAAAGCAAGUCAGGGAAAUCAAAGACCCACUAGCAGAUGAAACCACUGUUGGGAGGCAAGACCUCUGCUCCAGACCACUAGAAUCAGAGAACAUCUCAAAUUUCACUAAAAUAAUUGCUAGAUUUCAAUCAAGAAAUAGUAUAGUUCCUUUAGACUAACACCAAAGAAAGUGUUGUUUCAUUGAUAUUUUUGUCUUUAAUUAAGAAUUAGUUAUUAAAAUAAUUUGUAUAGUAGUGCUUCAGUCACUUGGGAAGAUAUCAGUGUGAAGUCCAAGGUGCGUGGCUUCCACUUCUUGAUGUACAGAGGACUCGUGGUUGCAUUUUUUUUAACCUCUAUGUGCAAUGGAAAAAUAUGGGAUUUCAUACGACUUUGCUCCGAGGGCUCUGUGAGGACCAUUUGCUCUGUCAUGUAAGAUUCUGGGCUGCAUUAAAAGAGGAGUGGUCAGCAGGGAGAGGGAGGUGGUGGUCCCCCUCUACUUGGCUCUUGUGAGGCCCCAUCUGGAGUACUGUGUCCUGGCCUGGGGCCCCCAGCACAAGA